AUGGCCAAGUAUCCAGAAAUGGUACUUGCUGCUGUAGACUGCGUGAAGCCAGCCGUCGACGAAUUCUAUACCUGGCCCGUGGGAACUUAUGUCCCUACGCGCUUCCCAAAUAGCUCUGAGUCGGUAUUGCAUAGCCUAGUCACCGGCGAGAUCUUUCCUCUGACUCCGAAUGAUAAGACUUUAGAAACCCUUCGGCUGAUUGGAAGUUUAGUCGAACAUGAUUCUCUCUUCAUAGUAUACUUUGAAGAUAAAGACAGUGUAACGCUUAGAGGAUUUGUGAACUAUUUUCCCGAUAGCUUUGACCCUAUAAAAAUCAUGAAUUUCAAGCUAAGAGAGAUUCACAAACCGGCACCGAAGUAG